AUGGUUUGGCUGAGGGAUGCGCGCAUUGAGUGUGGAGCAGGGCCGGCGCCUAUCGAACGCGUCUCGAUUCUCCAGCUUGUAAGCGUGCAUUUCCGCGCUGGCAGGCUCAGACUCGCCGUUCCGCCAGGGCAUUCCCAUUCCAAUUCCACUACGCACACCAUCCUCUCCCUCCCUUUUUCUCUCCAGCGCUCGUUCGGUCUUUUCUGUAGACUCUUUUCGUGUCUCCCAACCUCCUGGUCGUCAUAUUGGGUAGGGAAGCUACUAACAGGGCUCUCUUCCUUCCUUUUCGUCCUUAACCAGCUUCCUGUCCUGUCUCUCCUUCUGGCUUGUUUUUUUUGCCCUCUCGUGAUAAGAGUAGUAUCUUUGUUCUGUCCUCGACGCGAACUCAAUCGAGUCUCAAGUCUCAAAUCACCCUCUUUACUCUAUAUCUGCUCAAAGGUUUGUUGGUGGUCGUCCUCGAGACGUGUGUCUUGUACCAUGGAGUCUUCUCCUCCGAGGAGCAACUCGGUUGCUCCUGUGGCAGGCGUGAAGCGUCCAGCAUCUCUACUGCCUGCUUUUGAGCCAUUGAGCUCGUCCCCUUCUCUUCCUCGACCACAGAAGCGUGUAGCACGCGACGAUGACCGUGCCAUCUCGACCUAUCCCACUCCCGUCCCGACCUCGUCCACCCAUAUCAUGUCGUCCUCGCCUCCUCGGAUGGCCCUACCUAAUUCCUCAUCACGCCGUAACAUUCCUUCCGCCCUCUCCGAACGAACUCCUCUUUCCGCCGUCCCUACCCUGAUGCUCUCUGAAAGCGGCGAGCCUCUGAAAAUGGGAAGAUCCAGUCUUUCUUGCCAAUACCAGCUCGCUGCCAACCGUAUGAUCUCGAGGGUGCACGUCAAAGCUACCUACAAGCCUGCCCCCAACCCUUUCGACCGUGAUAGGGUGGAGAUAAUGUGCAUGGGAUGGAAUGGAAUUAAGCUUCACUGUCAGGGCAAGACAUACGAUCUGGCCAAGGGGAAGACAUUCACAUCAGACAUCAAAGAUGCUGACAUCAUGAUCGAUGUCCACGACUGCCGCGUUCUGGUCCAAUGGCCUCGCGGCGACAAGAAGGAAGAUGCGUCUACUGACUCGGAGCAAGCAUGGGAGGAGGCUACGCCAACACGAAAGAAGCAAGCUCGCCGGAGUCUGCAAGACAGUCCAAGUGCUGAGCGUCAACGCCUGGCCUCUCCUGUCUCUCCAUCUCCAGCCGCCAAGUCCAUGGUACCCCCUUCGUCGCCUCUGUACACCCCUACUCGCUCCCGGAAUGCUGUUGUUGUGUACGAGGAUGAAGCUUCUCCAGUUCGCCGUAGUAGCCCUGGUGAUGCGUUGAAUGCGUCUUCAAAUGUAGCGUCUCUUCUCCAGAGUUCGCAGUCCAGUGACCUGAGCGACUUGAGUAAGCCCGAGGACUUAUCAGACCAUGACGAGGAAAACGACCCCAUCAUUCACUCCUUUGGUCCCUUCGGCGACAACUUGCUGCCGCGUAUGGCUGCGUUCACUGCCGACGACUCGCCUCUUCGGCCCACGCGCCCUCGAGCUCACUUCCAAGGUCAACCUCUCCAACCAACUCAGUCCCCAAGACAGCCUUCGAAGCCUUUUGAACAACCCACUGAAGACACACCGAACAAACCAGUGGUUAUCGACGAGGCUUCGGAGGUCGUUCAGAACCACGCAGUCAACCAGCUGGCUUUCUCCCGUCUUUCAUCUACCCCUUUCUCUACCAUUCUCGACAACCUUCCUGUUUCCCUCUGGAAGGCAGAUAGCCAGUCAAGUCACGGCCCCUCACGAGAUGAAAUCCGGGUUAUCUUAGAUUCUACGAAGUGCAUCGGAAAGGUUGCACGUGAAGGCAAGGAUGCUGCUGGCAAGCCGCUCGAGGCCGAAUACUAUUACAUCCCCGACUUUGAUGACGACGAACCACGUCGCGAAGCUGUCGUGAGGGACCUGAGAAAACCCGGACUUCGAAAUUGUCGGAAACAACAUAAGCAAUAUUUCUGGCGCAAACCGAAAUGA